UUUGUUUUUAAGUCUAGAGACGCUAUAAUGGGCUAAUAUACUUGACUUUGCGUCAGAGCGCGGAAAAGAUGUCUUGGAUAUUUAGACUUAUUACGAAGCAGUUAAACUAGACCGCCUCAAUGAAAUCUACUAUAGAUGUCAGCCGCCGACUUCAAGCGCGCUGCUGAUGAGGCUGGAGAGGUCCCGUGUAUGUAAAGAGUCUCUGACUAAAUGUAGAAACUCCUAUUGGACUGCUGCCGCCCGCUCGUUGACUUUAACGCAAAAUUCCUUAGGAUAGACGGAAGGAAUUCCUAUUAGCUCUGCCUAGUUGCAAAGUGGAUUCUCAUCGAAAUCGUAUAUAUGAGAUGCCUGUCGUAAAGUUUGCCCUUUUUGGAUAAAUACUGUCUCUGCCUUCGCUCAAAUUCUAGAACAUUUAUCAGCGCUUGAUGCCCCCUUGUUUUUAAAGGGUGUAUUCAUAAUGCCCACCGCCGAUAGCAAAACGUCGAGCGAUACUGCAAGCAUGUUCAAGAGAAGCACGGCUAGCAGCGAAUCCAACAAUGAAAAACAUACAACUAUUCUCAAUCGACAAGAUGGUGCUAAAAGGGCGGCACUCGUUGAGAAAUCGAUGACUCUGAAAGAAUGCGUCGUGGGGUUCCGAAAAGCUGUCGCCAUGUCUCUGACUCUCUCUCUUGCCUGCGCGAUAGUAGGCUACGGCCUCGUUCUGCUUGCGAGCUUCGUCACCUUGCCAGUCUUUCGACGCGACUUCGCCUGCCCUGGGGCUUCCCUCACCGAGGUAUGCCAGAUUCCAGCAUCGUGGCAAUCCAGCGUAAUCCUCGGCCCUAUGGCUGGACAAAUCAUGGGGUUAUUCUUAUCCGGCUGGGUUGUGGAGAAGUUUGGCUACAAAAAGACGAUAUUAGCAGCUCUGUCUUUGCUAUCGGGAUUCACCUUUAUUACGUUCUUUGCCACAUCGCUCCCUAUAUUCCUAGUCGGCUCGUUGCUUUGUGGUAUCCCUUGGGGGAUUUUUCAAACCAUUACGACAAACUAUGCUUCCGAUAUUUGUCCAACUGCGAUCCGAGGAUACGUUACUGCUUGGACCAACGUUUGCUGGAUUAUUGGUCAAUUGGGCGCAUCCAUUGUCCUACAAGUUCUAGUGAAGAAUUCGACGGAGCUCUCGUAUAAGCUUCCACUUGGUCUGCAAUGGGCAUUCCCACUCCCGCUUUUCGUCGUUGCUAUCAUCGCACAAGAGUCGCCAUGGUGGCUUGUACGCCACAACAAGAUCGAAGAGGCAAGGGUAGCUCUGAGCAAACUUGUUAGCAAGAAACAUAUACCUGCGGGAUACUCAGUUGACGACCACCUCGAUUUAAUAAUAGAGACGAACCAGAACAACAUCAACAGCUCGGAUAAUGGUGUGGGAUAUAUUGAUUGCUUCCGGCCCGCGAAUCUUCGGCGCACCGAGAUUACCGUUGUUUUCUGGACGAUUCAAAACGCAUGUGGCACUGCCCUCAUGCAAUGGUCUGCCUACUUCUUUGUCGAAGCGGGCCUUACCCAGGAAAAGGCUUUCAUGAUGCAAAUUAUGCAGUACGUCGUUGGAUUUGUUGGUUUUUGCGGAAGCUGGGCUUUUAUUGGACUAUACGGCCGCCGAACCAUUGAGCUUACAGGCCUUGCCUUGCUCUGCUUAGUCCUUUGCAGUGUGGGCACAGUAGCCUCUCUCUCAAUCUCUAUAGAGACGUCGGGUUGGGUUAAGAGUGGCCUGCUCCUCGUUUUCACCUUUGUAUACGGAUCCAGCGUCGGGCCUAUAACUUAUACGGCUGUCUCCGAGAUAUCCUCAACACGUUUAAGAUCCAAGACAAUGAACAUUGGAUGCAUUGGAUACUUAUCCUUCGGUGUUUUCAACAGCAUUAUUACUCCCUUUAUGCUUAACACCACUGCCUGGAACUGGGGAGCUAAUGCGGCUUGGUUUUGGGCAGCCUCGUGCUUCCUUUGCUGCAUAUAUGUUUACUUCCGAGUUCCAGAGCUGAAAGGCCGUACAUUUGGAGAAAUAGACUGGUUGUUUGCCAACGGCAUUAGCGCCAGAAACUUUGCCAAGACAGUCGUGCCACUAUACGAAAUUGGCGAAGCCGGGAUUGUCCAACAAUCACAAGAUGCAGACAGCGUGGAUUCGGCGCCACACCUCCCAUCUCCAGUCCGGGUCGCACCUUCAGGUGCCGAAGUUUAAUUUUUUGGUACUUUUUUAUUCAUGAUAAACCUUAACCUUUCUUCUGGCUCAUCAGCCAAAUCCGAAAUAUAGGGCCGCGAACUCUGAGCAGCCAUAAACUAAAUGAGCGGUGGAAAAGUUAUAAGAAGACGAUUUUCAAUAAUGGCCGCACUGUACGUCUGUUGAGCUAUAGUAUAUUUUGGUUUCAUUAUGACAGCAAUUUUAGUUGCAAGUGUGUUUGGUUAAGCAUAGCGGUUUUUGUUUAUCUUCUGAGUCUACGGUUGUAUGUAGAAGUUAGCCUUAUAUUGUAGUAUAAUAAACUAGCAAGAACAUGAAUGCACAC